GGCUCCCUCCCCGCACCGGCCAGUGAGUACACAAAGCCGCGGGUGAGGGGAAGCUUCGCAGGCGUGCACGGAGCAGUGAGAUCACUGGCGUUAUAAAUAUCCCGGUGCCAGCGCGGAGAUCCGCUCGGGUGGCCUCUCUCUCCCCCUCUCCCCUUCUCUUCCCAGAGGCUAUGUCCACCCAGUGCGGCGAGGCGAGCAGCGCCAGAGGCACGCAGCCGCAGAGGGGCCACAGAGCCCAGAAUCAGCCCUGCAAGAUGCACUUAGGACCCCCGCGGCUGGAAGAAUGAGCUUGUCCUUCCUCCUCCUCCUCUUCUUCAGCCACCUGAUCCUCAACGCCUGGGCUCACGGGGAGAAGCGUCUCGUCCCCAAAGGGCAACUCGGACCCGCUGCCACUGAUAGGAACCCUAGAGGCUCUAGCAGCAGACAGAGCAGCAGUAGCGCUAUGUCUUCCUCUUCUGCCUCCUCCUCCCCCGCAGCUUCUCUGGGCAGCCAAGGAAGUGGCUUGGAGCAGAGCAGUUUCCAGUGGAGCCCCUCGGGGCGCCGGACCGGCAGCCUCUACUGCAGAGUAGGCAUCGGUUUCCAUCUGCAGAUCUACCCGGAUGGCAAAGUCAACGGCUCCCACGAAGCCAAUAUGUUAAGCCAAGUUCACAGAUGACUGCAAGUUCAGGGAGCGUUUUCAAGAAAACAGCUAUAAUACCUAUGCCUCAGCAAUACAUAGAACUGAAAAAACAGGGCGGGAGUGGUAUGUGGCCCUGAAUAAAAGAGGAAAAGCCAAACGAGGGUGCAGCCCCCGGGUUAAACCCCAGCACAUCUCUACCCAUUUUCUCCCGAGAUUCAAGCAGUCGGAGCAGCCAGAACUUUCUUUCACGGUUACUGUUCCUGAAAAGAAAAAGCCACCUAGCCCUAUCAAGCCAAAGGUUCCCCUUUCUGCACCUCGGAAAAAUACCAACACAGUGAAAUACAGACUCAAGUUUCGCUUUGGAUAAUAUUCCUCUUGGCCUUGUGAGAACGAUUCUUUCCCCUCAGGAGUUUCUAUAGGUGUCUUCAGAGUUCUGAAGGAAAAUUUUUGGACACAGCUUCAGCUAUACUUACCCUGUAUUGAAGUCACGUCAUUUGUUUCAGUGUGACUGAAACAAAAUGUUUUUUGAUAGGAAGGAAACUGGAAUUCUUUGUACUAAUACAGGGAGCACACUGCUUCAGGUCAGCAAGACAUAAAGCCUUUUGCUUUAUGCUUGAGGGAUAUUUAGAACUUUUAUUUUCGGAAAGUUAAAUAACAUGGACUAUGUAUUUUUCUGACUUUUACAGAUCAAUCUGAAAGAACAUACAUGGUACAUUUUUAUUUUUGGUUUCCAAAGAAUAUUUUGAUGCAGAAAAAAUAUUUUGUUAACUUUUGUUUUUUUGUUUGUUUUCUUAAAAGUACCUCUGCAUUGAGCAUAUUUUCUUACUUUUAUUAUUUUAAUUAAUAUGACAUAAGCAAUCAUUUUAUGCUGUUUAUGAAUUAUAAAUGUGUUUAUAUCUCAUUUGUAAUGUGGAAAUCUUUUAAAUUUUUUCUAUUCACUGCACUUUUUUAUUGUUUUUUAUUUCUAGCCAUACCUCAGAUAAUAUGUUUAGUUUUACAUUUUAAAAUGUUUAAAUUCUCUUUCACAGCACCAAAGGCUCAGCUUGGAUUUGUGUGUAUGUGUAUGUAAAUUCAUGACUUUAUGUGGAAUCCUACACCUUUGGUGGCUGGGAUAUGAUGGGUUAUAAGCAAGGAAAAAAUAUAAGGACUUUUUAAUAGAAUUAAAUGUGGGAGGUAAGGAAAAGGAUUUAGAGGUAAACGUACACUAAGUUUACAACAUUGAUUGAGAUCUAAGUCUGUCUUGCCUUCAUUUCUCUUUUUAUCCCCCUCUUGCCCUCAUUCUUGAACAGCUGGAGGAAUACAUUUUAUUCUGUCCGUGAAGCAUACACCAUGAGAUUGGAGUGCUUAAAAAUACUUCUAUGAUUCUCUGCUGUCCCACUGUGUAGAUCCACAGGGAGCAAACACUUAGCAACGAUAGAGAACUGAAGGAGCUGAAUGGUUUAACAGUUAUCCAUGCCAAGUCCCGUUGUCAGAAAUAUUCUUAUUACUCAGGCAAACACUCUUUGAGCUUCCCUUCCUAAAGGUAACCAUUUCAGUGAAUAGAUGUGCACUUUUAUAAGGAAACUUCUGAUGUUUAUUUAAAAAACUGGCCUUUUGAUAGAGGUAAAUUAAUCUGGGAAUUCAAUGUGUUGAAAGUGGCAUUUAAUUUCACCUUAAAUGUUGACUGCUGGACAUAAAUCACAGAAAAUUUAACUUAAGAAAAUUUACAAAAUUUAUUAUCAGGUAAUCAUUUUAAUAAAGUUCUGCAAAAUACAAGUGUUUACAUUACAUUCCGAAAUGUGGCAAAAAAGAUAUAGCUAAUGGUUAAAAGUAUGACUUUUGUAGUAACAGAAGAGUUCAUAGAAAUUUCAUGGUUUGCAUUUAAACAUGUUUAAAGUAUACUUAUAAACUAUUUUUUCCUUAAAGCAAACUAUGAUUUAUUUUGGUGCAAAUACAAAAUGGAAACUUGUUAAAAUUGAGCUAGCUACCAUAUAAGCAGAUUGCUUUAAUUUGAUGGGAAAACAGUACACACAUAUAUAUAACAAAUAAUAUAUCUAAAAACCCAUCCAUCAACUAAAACAUUAUACAUAUACAUUAGUAUAGUGUUUUAUUAUAAAGCCAAUUAUCUGAUUAAACAUUCUUUCCGCUUAAUGCAUAAUUUUUAAAUAGCAUAAAAUGAAAUGCUACAAAAAAUUGAACUAAUUUAUACUUUAAAGUAUUUCUGGGUUAAAUGGAACAAUGAAAUUUUUUAAACAAAGAUAUGCCCAACUCUUAUUCAAAUGGCAUAUCACCGUGUUUACACAGUAUAAAGCUAAAAAUAUUACUCUAGUUUAUUCUAAUCUAUUGUUAAGUAUUGUGCGCUGUAUACCAAGUUCUUAGGGCACAUGAAAAAUUUCAGUUGCCAAAUAGAAACUAGUAAACAUAUGUUCCUAAUUAGUGAACGGAAAGAUAAUAAUGAUGGUCAACAACAGGCCACGUUAAUGAAUAAGUUGUAUAGGCUAAAUGUUGCUUGUAGGCUACAUUAAACUCAAAUGUAAUAGUUUAUCUUAUACUCCUGGUUUGAUUUGAUUAGCAUAUGAACAUGAAAGUAGGAUAACUACCAAAUAUAUAUUAUGCAAGUCAGGAAUCAUUAAUUUCAAAAUUUAAAGCAUUCUAAAAUUAAAAAGAAAAUAUUAAAUUACACAAUUACACUUCUCUUCACUGGCCAUACACAAUGAUUUUUUUUUUUUCUCUUUGAGACAGUCUUGCUCUGUCACCAGGCUGCAGUGCAGUGGCAUGAUCUCAGGCUCACUGCAACUCCGACUUCCUGGUUCAAGCGAUUCUCCUGCCUCACCCUCCCAAGUAGCUAGGAUUACAGGUGCGUGCCACCACGCCAGUUCAUUUUGUAUUUUAAUAGAGACGAGGUUUCACCAUGUGACAAGGAUGGUCUCAAUCCCUGGCCUCUUGAUAGUCCUGACCUCGUAAUCCACCUGCCUCAGCCUCCCCAAAUGGCCUGGAUUACAGGUACAGCACGAUGCUUAAUGAAUGCUUAGUGAGGCAUAAGUUACCUACAUCAAAUAAUUAAAUGACCCUAUGUACAGACAAAGUGGUAUAAAUAUAAAGUCCAUACACUAGAUGCUCUACAACUUUCUAAGAGGGUUCUUGCCUAUACAUAGCUUUUAUUAUUUUUAAGUAACCAUGAACUACCAAAUACCAAAAUUAUUUGAUUAUGCGUUAUGUUCAUCUAAACACAACAAAUAAAUUUUGUAUAUAAUUUAGAAGUCUAUUUUGCCUAUAGGUAAACAAACAAUCUCCAGACUAACAUGUCAGUUUUAUCAAUUAUAUGUAUGUUUAAAUUUAACGAUUUCUUUAUAUGGAACAUCAUAUAGAGAGUAAUAGACUUUUCAAUGAAGAUGUAGGAAACACUGUGGAUUUUUCUGUCACAGAGUCUCUCUUCACUUCCUUCUAAAGAGGGAACUAAUUUUGAGAGUUAGGGUGUAUAUUAAUGUUCUUGAUUCUUCAGCUGAAUUACACUCGGGUCCAGAAGUUCAAAAUCAUUGUGGCAAUAAAUAAGAGAUACUGGACAGAAGUCAUUUCCAAGUUUGUUACAUAUAUUUAAAUAAUUACAUAUAUAACUUGGAGACUUUUAUUUCGUUAUUUUAAAGCUUUUUUUCUGUAGACUAAAAUAUGAAAACAUAAAUCUGGUAGGUAAAUUCUGAUGAAAUCGAUCCUUGGAAAUGUAAGAAAUGUACUGAUCUUUCCUUAUCCAUUAACAUUUUUUAACCCUUCCAAAGAAGAGGGAAUAAAGCAUGACUUAGUCCAUUUCGAAUAAAACCCAAAAUGAACGUAUGGCACUAACCCAAAAACUUGCAUUCUGGCAUCAUUUUUACAGUUGCAGAGAAUUGUUUCUGGGCUCAUUAAAAAUAUAUGAUUCCAUUGCCGCAAUGGAAAGCAAACAAUAACUUCUUAAAGGAGUUCUUACACCUCCUUUAACAUUUAUUUCAUUGCUACCUCUAAAUUCUGAUAAUUUAAAAUCCAUUUAAGGUGAUAAAAUUUUUAAAAAUUUUGUGGAAACCUCUGGAUAAAUGGACAAGGCCUUUUUUUUUUUUUUUUUUUUUUUUUUGUAGUCAAUCAAAUGUACGGCCAAGCCAACUUUUGAAAUAAAUUAUAUGAUUAGUAUUAGCAAGAACAAUGAGUACUGCCUCCAUCUUACUCUGCUCGCCUAUUUGAAAGUCUCAGGGGAGAGAAGGGAACAAGAUGCCGACCUAACCUGAGUGGUCAGAUGAGGAAUCUUUACAUCUAAGAAUUUUU